UAAUUCUCUUCGAAUAAGAGCUCCUUCAUUCGACAAUCGCAACUUGAUUCGAAUAUUUGGCGUUUCGCAAACAAGAAACGUGUCUAUUACGCUAAAAAUCCGCUCCAUUCCGCACAACGAGACGUUGGGCCAAUUGAUUUCCCCACCGUCGCAUCUUUCUCCCUCUCCGACAUAAAAGUCGUAUCUCGUGGAGGGCACUUUGCAACGCAAAUGUGCAUGUUCAAAAGUCGGCCUCAAACUAAACGGUGAAGACGGUUGCAAGGGCUAAACACCGUCAAUCUGUUGAAGCCGGAAACUCAACUCUUCAUGAGUUGGCAACAGAUCUCCGCUAUGGGAAACGGCGGGAAUGGAUCUGGUAUGCCGGGCGCCGGUGGUCUCGGCGGCGGCCAGGACCUAUCCGGCGGAGGAAUGCCUGGGAAUCCGUCAAACCAACCGCAUGCUACCGAGUACACAUUACAAGGUGUUAUGCGCUUCCUUCAAACCGAGUGGCAUCGACACGAGCGAGAUAGGAACGCCUGGGAGAUCGAACGUCAGGAGAUGAAGAGUAGAAUAGCCGCUCUCGAAGGGUCGGCUAGAAGAGCGGAUGCUACGCAGAAGGCGUUAAAGAGAUAUGUCGCUAUCUUGGAGAAGAAAGUUAAAGACCAGGCUGCCAAGCUGAAGGAUUCUUCUGCUUCUUCUGCCACGGAUCAUUCCGUGAAGCAACCUCAGAAGAUUGAUAGAGCUGCCUUAAUACAGGAGAAGCUCAAAUCAUCGGACGAGAGACUAAAAGAAUCGGUGCCUGGAUUGGAGGGUCUUGUAGGCGAACGUGUACAGGAAGACGAGGAGCGUGACAACCUUAGGGUCUUCUUGGAUCAGUGUCAAGCUGAAUUUACAUACCUAAUGGUUUCGCCCGCUAAUCCCAUGCCUCCUCGGGAAUCUCCUCCCUUACCUAUGAUGGACGACUUGAGAGAAGGAGACUUUGGAUUACCUAUCUCCCAGCAACCGCUGGAUACAGCUUUCCAAGCGUUGAGACUCAACCAAAACCAUCUGAGGGACCCGGUUCCUCGCCAGGGUGCCGUAAACGCGAACAAUCUUCAUGGACAGAGAAUGCCCCACAAUAUGAAUUUGUCGGCGUCGGAGAACGCAAGCUUACAAUCUGCUCCUAUGGUUCGGUCAGGAGAGGGAAACGCUUCGAUGUUCUCACAUCCCGGUGAGUGGCCAGCCUCCAACCAACCGGGCGCGCGUAUACAAGAAGAUAUAAACGCGAAGUCGAAUCACAUUAAUGAACCUCCUCGUUCGGAGUUCGGCGAAGCUUCACUGGAGAAGCGAGCCUCAGUUGAUGGGGAUGGUUGGGACUUUGGCGAAGGAACUUUCUCCGACUCAGCUACAGCGCAGCAAUUACAACCUCUUACGCACCGUCCGGACACAGACGCAUUUCCUAACGCUGAAAGCUUACCCCAGUCGCCUAAUCGCGGUCCUAAUUCCCACAGGCGGAAGACAUCCAUAUCUCGACGAAAGAGUGCGGAACAGGAACUUUCUCUCAACGGUGCUGUGCAGAAACCGGAAAGUGGUAGUUUCAAGUUGCGAUACGGACUGCGAGGUCAUCUUAAUACCGUCCGAACCGUAAUCUUUUCCGGAGGCGGAAGUCCUGGAGAGCCAGAGAUCUGCACGGCCGGCGAUGAUGGACUGAUCAAGCGAUUCCACAUCCCGCGUGAGAAUCCAAGCCAUAUUGGAACUAUAUCAUCUGAUCUGGACGUGCCGGCUGAUUUUACUCAUCGCGGGCAUACCGGUGCUGUGUUAUCGUUAACGUCCUGGUCGCCUUCUCCUAAUUUUUCGACGGGCGGCCGUGCCCAAGGUGAUGGGUGGAUAUUCUCUGGCGGCCAAGAUGCAACAAUUAGAGUGUGGGAACGGGGCAGAGUAGAUCCCAAGGCGACGCUGGACGGCCAUAGUGAUGCGGUUUGGGCUAUAUGUGUACUUCCUGCGACCCUUGGUGCGGUCUUCGGCCAAUCCAGCUCUUACGGUACCCCAGACCGCAUCCUAGUCGCCUCCGGAGCGGCCGACGGCGCUGUGAAGAUUUGGGCCGUGAGUGCUCCACCACAACUUACCUCGCCUCAACCGGGGCCGCCAAGACGUAGCACUGGAAGUGGCCGAGUCAGAGGUAACUCGAUGAGUUCGGGAUCUCAGUUCCCAAGCUCACCUCAACCAAAUAUGGCUUCAAAUUCGCCGUUCCAUUACACACUAAUCCAUGACAUUCGCCGCUCUGACGGAUCCCGGGCAUCACCGACGUGUAUUACGCCAUUAUCAGCUAGUGGGGAGGCCUUCGUAGUCAGCUACUCGGACGCUGCUAUUAUCGUGUUCAAUACGAGAACUGGCGAGGAGGUUGGCUCUAUGGCUAGCCUCGAAACGUACGAUAAUACCAUUAACACCAGUGUCAAUGCCGUAGUCGCGACGACAGCCGGUCUUGAUCAAAGCUCUGGGCUAGGCCUGAACGAGGAGGAUACAAGUGGUCCAACUGGUAGCACGGGCACAGCUGGUAGUGGAAUUGAGGGUGUUAUUAUAUCAGGACAUGAAGAUCGCUUUAUAAGGUUCUUUGAUGCUAAUAGCGGUCAAUGCACAUAUAAUAUGCUCGCCCACCCAGCGUCAAUAUCGUCCUUGUCCCUCAGCCCUGAUGGCCGCGAGCUGGUAUCUGCUGGCCAUGAUGCGAGCCUUCGAUUCUGGUCUCUUGAAAAACGAACAUGUACCCAAGAGAUCACCAGCCACAGGAUCAUGAGAGGAGAGGGCGUAUGCGCCGUAGUCUGGAGCCAAGACGGUCGAUGGGUUGUUAGCGGCGGAGGAGAUGGAGUCGUCAAGGUCUUCGCGCGGUAACGCAUACAAUUUUAAAGGCGCUCACAGAGAACAUAUGAGGAGGAACUUUGGUAACGACGUGCGACUCAGUCAAGGAGUUAGUGGAACUAUUGAGUAGAAAUGAUGAUCUCACGCCAGGUGGAUUAAUGCAUCGUUACGCUAUGUUACGCUAUCGACUAUUACCCAAGACGCAUCAACAAUAUUGAAGAGGCUGGUUAAUGCAUGCAUAGCAAGGGGUUACGUCCGAGUCUACGGUUAAACAAGACUCUUGUAUAAAAAAGAAAAAUUUACGAAACUUCAGAGUAAUGGAGGCGCGCGACGUUUGUGCCUAACAAAUCACGAUUAUUCCAGACCUAUUCCACCCAGCAAAUAUGCCUAGGAUAGUAAGCAGUCCGGUUGAGACGUGAUUAAUGAGUCGAACGUAGCGAAGUCUAUGAUUGACGCAGGGAAGGGUGGGAGAGGGAUGGCGGGAUUGUUAAUGAGUUGUUAACGUUGUAGAUAUGAGCAUCGCUUGCUAUUACCACGAGCAUUUUGUAACACACACGAAAAAAAGACAUUAAGAGGAAAUCGAGUUGCAUUCUAGUGGCGGAGAUAACCAUCUAUGGGAGUUUAUCCCUUAUUUCUCACCUCAUUUUGAUUUAUGUGAGCUCGAUUGAUAUCUCUUACAUACUAGGCCGCAGUACGUAUAAUCCCUUUCUAUAAGGGCAACGUUGGUAUAAUAAAGUCCUAUCUUGAUUUAAAUAGAA